UGUAUUUCGGAAUAUCAGGAUCAUAAUCUCGACUAUGAGGAGCUGUUGGGUUGUGGUCAGUAUAAGGAGAGCUAUCGUGCUGACAUGAUCCGCUGGGGUGAGAUGAAGAGACAGCAGGACUCUGGCUUCUUCUGUAGACUGGCCAUCAAACAUGCCACACAGCCCAUCUGGAUAAUCAGCGAUUGCAGAAGGAUGUCAGACGUGCAGUGGCUCCAAGAAGAGUUUCCUGAUAGAUGUGUCUGCGUUCGGGUGGAGGCUUCUGAGCAGACGAGAUCACAGAGGGGCUGGAGAUUCACCACAGGUGUAGACGACGCUGAGUCCGAGUGUGGUUUGGAUGAGGGUGUGAAGUUUGACUGGAUCAUCAGGAACGAUGGAGCUGAUGACGUUCUGGAGGAACAGCUGGAGGGGCUACUGGCAUUGAUCAAGGCACGGGAGGAGGACUCGAACACACAAAAUAGUAUUCAACUGGAUUAAUAAAAGCUGCUUUUUUGCCACCUGUAUCCUGCUCACUGGAGAGCUUGCAAACUCUUCUGCAUUUUAAUGAAUGGUUCUAGUCAUCAUUCCAAAAAGUGUCUUAUUUACUUUUUUAACA